AUGCUUCGUUUUCUGUUUUUUCUUGGAAUUAUUAGAAUAUCUCAACAAUAUUGUUAUUCGGAGGAAGAUUUUCCCUGGGAAGUUGAGUUCAGUCCCCAGGUAAUUUCAAUAAAACUUCAGAAACUUCAACCAAAAAUAAUUUAUAAUUUCAGAUUCAUCCGCAACAUCGGCAAAUCAUUCAAUUCGAGGGGCUCACAAAUUACAUCUUCAUUUUUGAUUGUACUCACAAUAUUGGAGAAAAAAGCCAAGUUUUUGAUUAUAAAAGUCGUGUUUAUGCGGUUCGUAUGAAAAUGUGUCCGAAGUUUUGUGUUUGUGAACUGCCAAAAGUUAUCACUGCUGAAAUUCCCAAAGAAGCCAUCAAAAACAAUUUUGAUAUUUCGAUUGAAAAAUUCACAAAAAUUAUCAACCGAUGCACAGGAAAGGUUAGUUGAUUUUACUAAUUGGGAAAAGGGAAUGGGAUUUUUUUAGAAUUGAAAUAUCGAAUAGAUAUAUGUCAAUUGGGAAUUUCAAAAAGGAGUAGGAUCACUUCUUUUUUUUUUAAAUAAGUUUGAUUCUAAAGAAGCUGAAAUUUGAAAAAUUAUGGAAACAAAACUUGUUUGAUAUAUAUAUUUUUACAUUUAAAGGAAUCUUCACAAACACCACAAACACAAAAAGAACAUUUCAAAUAUAAUCUAAAUUUCAUGCUAUCAUAUACUGACAUUACUUUUUAUGCAUGUUUAAUUUUUUCAAUUCUUUGGAUUGUUAUUUGA